GUUAAUUCUUCUUUUCUCAGUGCCUCCACAAUUGAUAUAAAAAAAAGUUAAUUGUGAAAUAACUAACAUGGAACAUCAAAUAGACAAGGUGCUGGAAUUUACGGUGUGCAGAUGCUCGAGCAGUUCUCCCAACUACUCGCCUGAGAAUAUUAAAAUUGACAAUCCUCGUGAUCAGGGUUCUCGUUGGUCUUCCGAGUCUAACAGUCCACCGCAGUACCUUAUUCUCAAGUUGGACCAUCCAGCAAUCGUGAAGUACAUCUACUUCGGCAAAUAUGAGAAAAACCACGUAUGCAACCUUAAACGGUUCAAAGUUUUUGGCAGCUUGCAUCCCGAGGACGACAUGGUCGAACUGUUGGAAGGCACUUUGCGGAAUGACUCCAUGGGCGAAAAUUUCCCGUUGAAGCACACUUUAAAUGGGAGCUGCUUUCCUUGUCGAUAUAUCAAAAUCAUGCCUCUGCAGUCUUGGGGCCCGUGCGUGAAUUUCAGCAUUUGGUACUUGGCAUUGAGAGGAGUGGACAAUUGGGACGUCGUUGGGCCGCAGAUGAACUUUUUUCAAACUUGCAAGGAGCGCGAAACAGUCCGCCUGUGUCUCAAAUUCCUCAGACAACGGCGGUAUACUGAUGCUUACGAAGCCCUACUGCAUGCCUCAAAAGUCGAGCUCGAGCAUCCCUUCUUGUCAAGCUGGUUUCAAAUGUUUGUAGAAGCUGGAGACUUCGAGGGCUGUGAAGAUAUGAUGCAAGAAGCCAUUUUGGACGGGAUGCUGGACGAAUAUAUUGCAGCCCAGCCUCAUCGAGUGGAGUGGGAACCUUUUAUUCCGUUAAACAAAGGCUGUGUCACUCCUGGAAUGCGUGGUGGGCACCAGAUGUCCAUGGACGUUGAACAGCAAAUCAUCUACCUCUUCGGUGGCUGGGACGGAUAUCAGGACUUGUCAGAUUUUUGGGCAUUUCUGAUUUCCGAACAAAAGUGGGUCUGCAUCAGUAGGGACACCUUUCUGGAUGGUGGCCCUGUUGCUAGAUCGUGCCACAAGAUGUGCAUUGACUCUGUGAGAAAGAAGCUCUACUUGCUUGGCAGGUAUGUGGAGUGUCAGUCCAGGACGAUUGAGAACAUGAAGAGUGACUUCUACGUUUACGACUUGCUAGAAGGAACCUGGGAGAUGCUGAGCGACGACACCGUUUUCGACGGCGGACCUCCGCUCUUGUUUGACCACCAAGUAGUCUUUGACAGCGCAACGGCGACUCUUUUCGUGUGUGGCGGUCGUGCUUCGGUGCUUCCCCUGCAGGGCUCUGUGGCGGACCCAGCUUUGAUCGGCCUGUACUCAUUCAACACGGAAACCCGAGAGUGGAAGGAACUUCGCAAGGACAGUGCUGACCCGGCUCCGAGUCCGACCCGAAUGCGGUCACGUUCAGGUCACUCAGUGGUUCUACAUCCCGUGUCGCGUUGUCUGUACAUCUUUGGUGGCCAGAGGAACAAACAGGCUUUGAAUGACAUGAUGGUUUAUAGCAUCGAUACCGAUGACCUGAAGAUGGUGUACACUGGGGAGGAAGAAGGGUUCCUUGGGCCACCGGUUGGGUUGACGCAGCGUGCCACGUUGGAUCCAGAGUUGAAUGAGAUCUUUAUGCUGAGAGGGUCGUCUCGUGGGAAGGAUAAAGGCGCCGGUGUUGCCAGUUCUGUCAAGAGCAGCUUGUGGUUGUACAGCAUUUCUAGGAAUGUCUGGUCGUGUGUCUACAGUUAUGACAGCUGCAGGCACAAGACUGGCAAAAGUGUGAUGGCUGAGCCCUGUCCGAGAUACGCCCACCAGUUGGUGUAUGACCACAGCACCAAGACCCACUUCUUAUUCGGCGGCAACCCUGGCAGUGGUUGCAGACAAUUGCGACUGGACGACUUCUGGUUUUUCAAAUUACUCCGCAUCACGAGGGAGCAGCUGGUGCAAAAGAUACAGUUCGAAAUUCGGAGACAACGAUUUAAUGAACUGGUUCGGGUUGACCCCAUUGCCGGCAUUGGGUAUUUGCGAACCAUGAUCCGCACUUUGGUUGAUGAAUCCGACGCUGAUCAAGUGCACGAAUUGCAUCGACUAGCGGGUUUUGCGUGUGACCCAGAAACCUACUUGUCUCUGGAUGACCCCGAACGCCUGAAAGCAGUGAUGAACGCGCGACUCAGGGUCUUCGACGUGAUUUCCUUGUAUUUUCCCGAGUCACAAACGCAGCCGAGGUCAAGCUUGUCGGAUUUCGUUGUUUUGUGAGGCCCUGUGACCCGAUUUGCUGUUUUUUUUUCAUUUGUCAAGUACAGCAUCAAGUGCUACUAAUGUUCAUCGAUCGAUUUUUGUGUUACGCGUGUGUUCUUUUUUUUUUUUUCAAGUUGAUGUUUUCCCAAUCAGUUUGCUUCAAGAAUUUCAAGGCAUGGUGCAAUGUGCUCAUUGAAGGGCUUUGAAUUUCAGUUCUGAGGUCAUUUUUUUUGGGCGAAUAUUGUGGCUUGAGGACAAUGAGGCAACUUAUUUUUAUCAUAUGUCAGGGGCUGUGCUGAUAUGUUGAGAAACUGGAUGUUCCAAACUUUGAUUUUGUUUUCUGUGAGUUAACCUUAACCCAGUAGACCGAGUAAAAUGUACUUGGAUACGUUAUCAGGAUUUGUAUGCCAUAUUUUUGGGAAGAAAAUCACCAUCCUGGGCAAUGAAGAUAUUCGCAGUGUUCUCUGCGGUACUGCAGUUCCAUUCAUUCAUUUGCAUUGCUGAAAGACACUAGUGAACGAAAGGGUUUUCAUUUUAAGCUUUUGGUUCUUUUAUUCGGGGUAUAAAAAUUCCCGGUGUUCGCUUACAGUUACAGAGAUGCGUUUCUAAAAGCUUUCAAUGUUGCCGUAAAUUAAAAAUCCCCCUUUCAGCGAAAAAAUUUACAUUUUUAACAAAGCAAAAAUGAAUCGUUAUGAACUGCAUCCCGAACUGUGAGAUUUAUUGGUGAUCGAUUCGAGAUGUUGCAUGCGUUGUUUUUGUUGAUGGGUUCUUGGGAAGUCCCUUGAUAUCUUAGGAUAUAUCUUGGUAAAAGAAUAACCUCACGCCCGCAGAAGUGAAUAAGAUAAAUUGAUUCCCGAUUUAUUAUAUUUGGCUCAAAGAAAAUGAAAGCCGUUGGACAUUUACAUCUUUAAAAUCUUUUGCCGUAAUUGAACGAUUCACUUGGUGAGAUUUUCAGUAUUUGUUUUUGUACAGCCGUUAUUUACUCAAUUAAGAUGCGUAUUAUAAUGUUCCAGCAGGAAAUUUAAUGAACAAAUCUAUCCCUGCGUGAGACGCGCAUUUUCUUUCAUUUCAGUAACCAAAAUUGUAUAUGUAGUGAAAACACUGUCAGAAAUCUUAUUCAAGUCUCAAAUUAAAGUUGAUUUCGUUCCCAAAAACUGCUAAAACCAAUUAAAUACUAUUUUUUCGAGGAUGAAUCCUGAUGUUUAAUAUUUUUGGCAGCGUUUGAACGAUUGUAUUUUUAAGAUAUGACUAAAAAAAAUUUCCAAGUGGCUCAUGUAUGGCUUACCGAAGAAUACUCUUCAUGAAGAAUUUCUACUUCUGCAUGAUUUGCUUCCCAUUUUACUCUCUCUAUUUUUGGUGGUAUGAAAGAAUAAUCCAGAAAAAUGUUUGUCAUGAAGAAAUGUAAAUUUAGAUUUCAACAAUUCUCCUUUUCAGCAAUCAUGCUGUGUAUCUCACACAGGAAGAAUGAAAAGUUUCAAAUUAAACCUACUGUGCGGUGUGGAAUGAAUUUUUUCAUGGAAAAUAAUGAACUUCAUAGUAACUCACUGCGUUUCUUGUUGCAUUUUCCAUCAUCUUAACUCGCAUUUGCCCAGCUCAAAUGCGCAUAAGUGCUUGCAUUACACGAGAAGGGUUCUCUGUAGUGGGUAAAUCUCUGCUGGUGGUAGUGUUGACUGUGGAACUAGUACUAUUAGCUUGUGGAAUUCCGUGUUCUUCCAUCAAUUUCCUGACGAUUUGUUCCGUCUUCUUGUUGAUUUUGUCCACUUUGGCCCUGUCUUCGGCCAAUUGCUUUCUCAAUAGCUCCAAAUGCUCGUGACAUCCAGGACCCUCGUAAGGAUACGCGAGCACCAUCUCUGUGUUGACGAAUUUGUGGAACAAGGAGUUUUUCUGCUUUUUCUUCUUUUCUAUGGUCUUGGGCUUUGUGGGUAGCUGGCCGAAGGCUGACACAUUUAGACCGAGAGGCACUGCGAAUUUUCCACCAUUCACCAUCCGGAUCUCGUUUGCUGCGCUGGCGUGUAGGGAAGGAAGAACCUUCCGCAUGUCUUCAUCUGCCACAAAGAGAGGAAGGGUUUAGGGAUUUAUGUGUAAGAAGUAUCCGGAGAGUCAAACCUUUCCGUUGGCUGUGGUAGUCACCAGUGCCAGUAGCAAGGACCGCAAGGCCCCAGCUGCAAAGCAGAUGAAGAUGUAUGACUUUGAUGCUGAUGGGUGUCAUGACCGGUUCACACUGAAAAUAAUGAUUAGAAAACUGUGCUUCUGGGAUGGCGUAUCCGUUAUAAUUGAAUUAUGUGGUGUAGGGUUUUCUAUGAUGAUUAGUGUGGGAAAUGCAAGUGGG